UAAAAAUUCUGAACCUGAAAGAGGAAACAGCCAUGACCGACCACCACCAUCACCACCGAUUAGGCCAGCUACGGUCCACAUCCCAGAUCCUCAGAAGGACCGCCGUGCAUUUCACCGCCCGCCCUUUCGUGUUCAUUUUCCUUUCUCUGCUCUUACUCUCAAUCCGUUCUUUAGUUGAAUCAGGCUCCUUUGUCCUCAAUUCCUUUAUUGACCACGAUCCUUCUUUCAAAUCCCUCCUUACCCGCCUCGACCUCCACCCUUCCCACCCCAAUGCUCGUUUCAAGUCUACCCGUCGCCACGCACGCCGUCCUUUCCUCCACCUCACGCGCCUCGGCACUCUUGACGACGACUUCUUAUCUUCUGAAGAUGACCUCCGCCACCGCUCCCCGUUCAGUUCUUUCUCUAAUCGCCCCCUCAAUGGCACGCCGGUGAUCCUUUCAAAUUUCGAUACUAAAUCAGGGUUUUCGAAUUUCGUUGCGGAUAACGGAAUCCUGCUGCCGAAAAUUGUUCGGUACGGAGUCAAAUUCAAGACGAUUUCAUUUGACUACGAAAACAAUGAAAGGGAACAUCAAGAAGAAAGAAUUGUGGAUUUUCAGUUCGUUUAUAAAGGAUUUGAAUUGGGGCGCCAUGACGCAGCUGCGCUGUUCUUCGUUGUUAGCUUUCUUUCGGCGGCGUAUGGAUGGGUAAUUCUAGGGUUUACGGCUAUUUAUUCUUUGGUUUUUGGUGUUCUUUUCAUCACAAUUGUUAAUGACCUGAUUGGGAGAUUUGUUUCCUGUUUUGGGGCUUUUUGGCAUGGCUCUAAAAUGGGUUUGAAAAGACUCACUGGGUUCGUUUUGAUAAAAUGGGCGGUAAGAGACGCAGUAACUCAGCUUAUUGGAUUAUGGUAUUUCGGAGAGAUUGAGGAUCACUACUCGUUCUUUAAGCUUUUUAUUAGGUUAAAGUUGAUGCCUUUCUCAGUUAUGUCACCAUGGAUUAGGGGAUAUGAGAAGGAGAUUUCAGGGUUUUUGUUUACCUGGUUUCUUGUGGAUACUUUAGUUUCGUUUCCGUUCUCAUUAGCUGCUUGGAUUGCCAUUGUGGAUUCAGGGAGAAGCGGGAGAGAAAUUAUUAAAGAAGGAUGUUAUUUGAUGUCAACGCUUUUGAACCAAGGGAUACAAAUAAAGUGUUAUGAAGCUAUCUUAAGUGGAUCGUUAGCGAGAUUGGUGUUGACUCGCAUGGGUGGAGAAUUUUUUGCCACAGUUAUUCAGGCAGCUCUGGAGGUGUAUUUCAUGAUGGCUUGGUUGAUAUUUUACUUUGUGGUGAAGUAUAGGGAAGCUAAUGCAGAGGGUAGGAGGUAUGGGAGGAGAGAAUUGGAGGCUUUGGUCGAUGGAAUUCGAUGAAACUCAAUUGAGAAAAUAUCUGUGAAAGUUGCUUUUGCUGCUAGGUUUUUUAUUGUGACACUGAUGAUAGCUCAAGAUAGUGGCGAGAUUUUCAAAGGCUUUGAGUCUUCCUAGUUUUGCAGUGCUAGUGAUGCAAUACUGCCUGAUUUUGGUCUAAAAACCUGCCAAUGCGUAUCAUGUACUUUUAUCAUGAGGGAAAACGAUUUAAUACUUGUGUAAUUUUUCCACAACAGAGCUUCUAUGUGUAUAUUCUGUUACAAUCUAUUGUUUUUUACUUCCUUGCAGUGCUUGUUCCUUGCUGGUAUCAAUGAGAAUGGGAAUGAUUUCUCAUGCUUCAA